AACGCAGCUGUAGCGGUAGCAGACUGGGUGAAGAUGGCGGACUGUAUACGUGUUCCUCUGCUCCUGCUUUUCCUCUGCAUCUUCUCUUCUUUGCAUCCAAUUCAAUGCCAAAACAACCCACUCGUUGCAAAGAUCCCUGCGAACCCCGACCUGAAUCUUCUUCCUCCCGGGGCUCCAGUGGAGAGGCUCCCGGCUCCAGUGGAGAGGCUCCCCGUUGGAGGGGCCUCGCUGCCUCGUAGGCGCUCCUCUACCGGCUGGAAACUGUCCGAGGAAGGGGUCUGCAGGGAAGACCUGACGCGGCUCUGCCCCAAACACUCCUGGAACAACAACCUGGCCGUGCUGGAGUGUCUACAGGACAAGAAGGAGGAAACUGAGAUUGCAGCCGAAUGCAACCAUCUGCUGUGGAACUACAAGCUGAACCUGACCACCGACCCAAAGUUCGAGUCUGUCGCCGUGGAGGUCUGCAAGACGACCAUCACUGAGAUUAAGGAGUGUGCAGCGGAGCAGCUGGGUAAAGGUUUCCUGGUGUCCUGUCUGGUGGAUCACCGCGGCAACAUCAGCGACUACCAGUGCAACCAGUACAUCACCAAAAUGACCACCAUCGUGUUCAGCGACUACCGGCUCAUCUGCGGCUUCAUGGAUAAAUGUCGGGAGGACAUCAACGCUCUGCACUGCGGCAGCAUCAGCACCGGGGAGAAGGACGUCCACUCUCAGGGCGAGGUGAUCGCCUGUCUGGAGAAAGGCUUGGUCCGGGAGGCCGAGGAGCAGCCGGGGGCGCACCCCAUCAAGGAAGAUUGCAAGAAGUCCAUCAUGAGGGUCGCCGAGCUCAGCUCCGACGACUUCCACCUCGACCGGUACCUCUACUUCUCCUGCCGGGAGGACCGCGAGCGCUUCUGUGAAAACACGCUGGCGGGAGAGGGACGGGUUUACAAAUGUCUCUUUAAUCACAAGUUUGAGGAGGCGAUGUCCGAGAGGUGCCGCGAGGCUCUCACCACCCGGCAGAAGCUGAUCGCUCAGGACUACAAGGUGAGCUACUCGCUGGCCAAAGCCUGCAAGUCGGACCUGAGGAAGUACCGCUGCAGCGCCGACAGCAACGUGCCGAGAGCCCGAGAAGCCCGGCUGUCCUACCUGCUGCUCUGCCUGGAGUCCGCCGUGCACAGAGGGCGUGUGGUCAGCGGCGAGUGUCAGGGCGAGAUGAUGGAUUACCGGCGGAUGCUGAUGGAGGAUUUCUCCCUGAGUCCGGAGAUCGUGCUGCACUGCCGCACGGAGAUCGAGGGCCACUGCUCCGGGCUGCACCGCAAGGGCCGGACCCUGCACUGCCUGAUGAGGGUCGGGCGGGGGGACAUGGGGGCCAUCGACCCCAACUGUCAGCGGGCGCUCCAGACCCUGAUCCAGGAAGCCGACCCCGGAGCUGACUACCGUAUCGACCGGGCUCUGAACGAGGCCUGCGAGUCGGUCAUCCAGACGGCCUGCAAACACAUCCGCAGCGGAGACCCCAUGAUCCUCUCGUGUCUGAUGGAGCAUCUGUACACGGAGAAGAUGGUGGAGGACUGUGAGCACAGACUGCUGGAGCUGCAGUACUUCAUCGCCAGAGACUGGAAGUUGGACCCCAUCCUGUACAGGAAGUGUCAGGGCGACGCGGCCCGGCUCUGUCACACGCACGGCUGGAACGAGACGAGCGAGAUGAUGCCACCCGGCGCCAUCUUCUCCUGCCUCUACCGCCACGCCUACCGCUCCGUGGAGCAGGGCCGCCGGCUCGUCAGGGGGAAGGCUGAAGCAGAGAGCAAAGGUUUUACUCUCUCCAGGGACUGUAAGGUGGAGGUGCAGCGGAUCCUCCACCAGAGGGCGCUGGACGUGAAGCUGGACCCGGAGCUGCAGCGCCGUUGCAUGACGGACCUGGGGAAGUGGUGCAGCGAGAAGACGGAGCCGGGCCAGGAGCUGGAGUGUCUGCAGGACCACCUGGAGGACCUGGUGUUGGACUGCAGGGACGUGGUGGGGAACCUGACGGAGCUCGAGUCUGAGGAUAUCCAGAUCGAGGCGCUGCUGAUGCAAGCGUGUGAACCCGUGAUCCAGACGUACUGCCACGAGGUGGCCGAUAACCAGAUCAACACGGGGGAUCUGAUGGAGUGUCUGGUGCAGAACAAACAUCAGAAGGAGAUGAACGAGAAGUGUUCGGUGGGGGUGACGCACUUCCAGCUGAUUCAGAUCAAAGACUUCCGUUUCUCGUACAAGUUCAAGACGGCCUGCAAGGAGGACGUCCUCAAGCUGUGUCCCAAUAUCAAGAAGAAGGUGGACGUGGUGAUCUGCCUCAGCACCACGGUGAGGAACGACACGCUGCAGGAUGCCAAGGAACAGCGGGUUUCCAUCAAGUGCCGCAAACAGCUGCGGGUGGAGGAGGUGGAGAUGUCGGAGGAUAUCCGUCUGGAGCCGGAGCUGUACGACUCCUGUAAGCAGGACAUCACCAGGCUGUGUCAGAACGUGGCCUUCGGAAACGCACAGGUCAUCGAGUGUCUGAAGGAGAACAAGCGGCAGCUGACCCAGCGGUGUCACCAGAGGAUCUUCAAGCUGCAGGAGGUGGAGAUGGUGGAUCCAGAACUGGACUACCAGCUGAUGAGAGUCUGCAAGCACAUGAUCCGGCGGUUCUGCACGGACUCGGAGGGGAAGAACACGCUCCAGUGUCUGAAACAAAACAAGAACAGCGAGCUGAUGGAUCCCAAAUGCAAACAGAUGAUCACCAAGAGACAGAUCACCCAGAACACAGACUACAGGCUGAACCCGGUUCUGAGGAAAGCGUGCAAAGCCGACAUCCCAAAGUUCUGCCAGCCGAUCCUGAACAAGGCGACGGCCGACAGCGAGCUGGAGGGGCAGGUCAUCUCCUGCCUCAAGCUCAAGUACGCCGACCAGCGUUUGUCUCCGGACUGCGAGGCUCAGAUUCAGGUCAUCCUGCAGGAGUCAGCGCUCGACUACAGGCUGGACCCUCAGCUGCAGAUACACUGCACUGCAGAGAUUUCGCGGCUGUGUCCGGAGGAGGCAGCAGCUCAGGAGCAGACGGGGCAGGUGGAGGAGUGUCUGAAGGUCAACCUGCUGAAGAUCAAACAGGACGGAUGCAAGAAGGAGGUGUUGAACAUGCUGAAGGAGAGUAAGGCGGACAUCUUCGUCGACCCCGUCCUCCACACCGCCUGCGCUCUGGACAUCAAACAUCAAUGUGCGGCCAUCCCACCGGGCCGAGGGCGCCAGAUGUCGUGCCUGAUGGAGGCGCUGCAGGACAAACGAGUGCGUCUGCAGCCCGAGUGCAAGAAGAGACUCCAGGACCGCAUCGACAUGUGGAGCUACGCUGCCAAGGUGGCCCCCGCAGAGGGUUUCUCAGACCUUGCCAUGCAGGUGAUGACGUCUCCGUCCAAGAACUACAUCCUGACGGUGAUCGGCGCCGGCGUGGCGCUGCUCUUCAUGAUGGGUUUGCUGUGCGGCCGGUUCACCAAACGCGUCACUCAGGAGCUGAAGGACAGGUAGACCCCGCCCCCUCGCCCCCACACCGGGGUCAGGACACGCCCACAGGAAAAACAACCAACCAACAACACCCAUAAAAUAAACCCCGCCCCCUUCAUUUACAUACCUCCUCUACAUUUCAUUUUCUACCAUCGCUGGAAUGACAUUACCCACAAUCCUGCAGACCAAAGUGGGCUUGAUCAGCUUUGUAAGCCCCGCCCACUCAUCGAGAGGCCACGCCUCCUUCUUGUUCUCUUCCUGACCUGCGUCACAGAGCUCCUGCAGUUUCACCUGAUGCAGUAUUACUACGCCUCCUCCUCCCUUUGCAGUGAGAUGGGGGUGAGGGGAGGGAGGUUUGGGGUCGGGGGUCGUAAGGAUUUCGGGGCUCAGAGGUCAAAAUAUGGGGGCGCAGGAGGUGAAUGACAUCAUAUUAAUAAGUGUAAAUGUGUAGAAAGUGGGAUGGGAAAUGCUCAUGUAUAGGGCAGUUAAAUGACUCCAGUAUUUUAAUGAUUAAAGUGUGUGUGUGUGUGUGUGUGUGUGUGUGUGUGUGUGUGUGAGAGAGAGUGAGAGAGUGAAACUGUCUUUCCACCAUAUUGUUUGUCCUGCUUAAGGGUUUUUGGGGGUUUGUUUUGCUCUGGAUAUAUCUUUUUUUUGGAUGUGUGUUAGAUUUUAUCGCCAUGGGACUGCCAGGCGGGUGGUGCCAACCAGCCCUCCACCAAGCCACAGAUACGAUUUUUAAAAAAGGAGUGUGGAGGAGGGGGACAUGAAACAAACACUCCUAGCCGACAUCGCUCAAAACGUUGUGGAUAUUUCCUCUUUUUUUUCCCUGAAACCUGGCAACCUGCAGCUUCCCAGCCAAACCUGUGCCACAAACGCACCACGAAAUUGGGGAUGCUUGUUUCGCUCGCCUUCUGGAAGCUGAUUUUUACGUCCGAAGUCAUUUCAGUUCGAUCCCCGGUUGAGCAGACGAUGGGAUUUAUGUUUUUUUUUUUCCUCAGAGCGUUGGCUGUUGAUUUCGUGCUGGUUGGUACAGAG